GCGCCAAUCAUCUCGAGGCUGUUGAUGGUCGAAGCUUGCGACCUGCACAAUCUUUUCUCUAAGUUAUCAUCUUUGCAACUGUAAAUCUCUCAUGCAAUUGGGUUGUUUUGAUUUGAUUUGAUUUCUGAAUUUAUCAAGAAUUAAGCCCCAAAUUUUAACACAAUGGCGACGGCCAUGGCUUCAUCGCUGUUGAACGGUGAGAGAGCUGUGGUUUUGCUGUUCGUUUCCAGCAUUGAAUACUCUACACCCAUAUCCCUUAUCUAUGAAUCCAUGUCUUUCUGUCUUCUCGCUGUUUUCGCCCUAUUCGUCGAGAUCUCAGUCGAAUCGUACGGCUCCGACUUCCCUUUUAAGACCAGGCCAGGUGCUUCCUCAGGGAUUCUGUUGGGGGCCGUUACCCUUCCUGGUCUUGCAGUUUCGAAGCUUAUACAGUUAUCGAGAGCUUUGUCAGAGCAUGAAGUAGGGGUUGAAGAGGUUGAAUUUACACGGUUGCAAUAUUGGGCCACUUCUACCGGUUGCCUCUGUGUGCUUGUUUUUCUUUGCUUCAUUUGUUGCCAUGAAUCCAACAAGACCAAGUCGGUGUCUUUUCAUAGCCAUUGGCACACAAAGUUCAAUAUUAGUUGCAUAGCCUUGUUCGCUGCAAUGUGCUACCUAUCAUUUGCUGCAAAAUCAUCUAGUGGAUGGUACUUGGCAUUGACUUUGUUGUGGAUUGUCUGUCAUGGAUUGGCAGCCGUGAAAUUUAUUCAGCAUGUGCUUCACACUUUUCCAGCAUGUGCUUCAUUCGGGGAGGCACUUUUGGUCACAGCUGGAUUUGUUGUUUAUUUUGGAGACAUGUUUGCAUUUACAUUAGCAAAGAUUAGCAAGCACCUCAUAUCAAACGGGUUAAAUUCUAUUGCAUAUGGGGUGGAAAGGAGCGAGAUAAGCACUAUUAUUCAGGGAAUGCUUUUAGGCCUCCUUCUCUCUCCAAUGUUGUUCAAAUCCAUCCUUCGCAAAUGGGAAUUUUAUAUGAGCUCAACAAACUCUGAAGUCAGAGGACAUCGUGAGCGUGGACAAUCUAUAAUAUUUUAUGGGUCUCUAACAUUUAUCUUAUUGGUGAUUGUUCCAUUGUGGAUGCAGUAUGUCCAAGAUUUUCCUGUUCAUCCCUUUCUAUGGGUGUUCAAGUUUGUCGUCUCUGAACCACACAAACGGCUUUCCCUGUGUGUAUACUGGGUGGCUGUUAUAUCUGUAUCGGUACUGCGGUUUUACAAAAUCUCCAAGAACAGUAAGAUUGAGCGAAUUCUUCUUCGGAAAUACUACCAUCUGGUGGCAGUUUUAAUGUUUGUGCCUGCACUCGUCUUUCAGCCAUUGUUUCUCAAUUUGGCUUUCGGUGCAGCCUUGGGGGUUUUCUUAUUGCUGGAAAUUAUUCGAGUAUGGAGAAUUUGGCCUCUGGGACCCCUUGUACAUCAGUUUAUGAAUGCCUUCACUGAUCAUCGUGACUCUGAUCUUCUUAUAGUCAGCCAUUUCUCACUCCUUUUGGGAUGUGCCUUGCCUAUCUGGAUGUCAUCUGGAUUCAAUGACCGGCCUCUAGCUCCUUUUGCCGGAAUUCUGAGCCUUGGGAUUGGAGAUACCAUGGCAUCCAUGGUUGGCUACAAAUAUGGCGUCCUCCGGUGGAGUAAAACAGGCAAAAAAACCGUUGAAGGCACUGCUGCUGGCAUAACGUCGGUCUUGGCUGCAUGUUCUGCUCUGCUUCCUCUCUUAGCUGCCACUGGACACAUGUUCACUCAGCACUGGUUGUCUCUUCUGUCGGCGGUCACGUUGAGCGGUUUACUGGAGGCGUACACGGCGCAGCUUGAUAACGCCUUCAUACCCCUGGUUUUCUACAGCCUUCUAUGCCUGUAAAUACUAACAAGAGGAAAGUAGAUAUCCCCUUCUUUGUAGGGUUGGGUUUUACACACAUAUUAGUAGAAGAUUAGAAGUUGUAGAUUAGAUU